CCUACACAUCUCUACACACAGAACCGGGAAGUAACUCGUCAUUUCAGAGAAACAAAACUGAUCUCUCUUUCUCAAUGUGCAGGAAAAUGGCUGAGGCCAGUAUUUCAGUAGAUCAAGACCAGUUCAUCUGUCCAGUGUGUCUGGAUCUCCUAAAUGAUCCAGUGACUAUCCACUGUGGACACAGUUUUUGUAAGGUGUGUAUUAAUGGUCAUUGGGAUGAAGAGUAUCGGAAGGGCGUCUACAGCUGUCCUCAAUGCAGAGAUUCUUUCCCUUCAAGACCUGAUCUACAAAACAACAUGCUGGCUGAAGUGGUGGAGAAACUGAAGAAGUUUGAAGUGCAAUCCUCUGCUCUUGAUCACUGUAACACUGGACCUGGAGAUGUGGAGUGUGAUUUCUGCACUGGGAGAAAACACAAAGCCAUCAAGUCCUGUCUGAUGUGUCUGGCUUCAUUCUGUGAAAUUCAUCUGAAACCUCAUCUAGAUGUCCCUUGCUUAACGAAACACACAUUAAUUGAAGCCUCAGUAAAACUACAAGAAAAGAUCUGUUCCAAACAUGACAAGCUGAUUGAGAUCUAUUGCCGUACCGAUCAAACCUGCAUCUGUUAUUUGUGUACAAUGGAUGAACAUAAAGGACAUGACACCAUCACAGCCUUAGCUGGAAAAGCUGAGAAACAGACUGAGCUGAAGGAGGAGCAGAUGAAAUUCCAGCAAAGAAUUCAGGAGAAGCAGAAGAAGGUGCAGGAGCUGAAACAGGCUGUGAACAUUAUAAAGCUCAGUGCACAGACAGCAGUAGAUGACAGUGAGAAGAUCUUUACUGAGAUGAUCAGCUCCAUGGAGAAAAAGCGCUCGGAGGUGACGGAGCUGAUCAGAGAUCAGGAAAGGGCUGAACUGAGUCGAGCUGAGCGACUCCUGGAGCAACAGGAGCAGAAAAUUUCUGAUCUUCAGAGGAGAAUCACUGAGCUGGAGCAGCUUUCACACACACACGAUCACAUCCAUUUCCUCCAGAGUUUCUCCAGAGAGUCUUGCACCUUCUCAGCUGGUGUUCGGUCUCCUCCAUCUAAAAAAAAGGAUUUUCGCACAUCCAGCAUCCCUGUCCAUCAACAGCUCUCAUUUGAUGGGGUGAAAAAUUAUGUCUCUGAUCUGAAAAAGAGACUUGAGGAAUUCUGUGCGGGGGAAUUCCACAAAAUCCUUCCACAUGAUAAUUCUUUUCUCUCAGAGCCACAGAGCAGAGAUGAAUUUCUGAAUUAUUUCUGUUAUCUGACUCUGGAUCACAACACGGCGCAUCGUUACCUCAUUCUGUCUGAGAAGAACAGAGCAGUGAGCUACAGUGAGAGUCUGCAUCAAUACUCUAAUCAUCCAGAGAGAUUUGACUCCUGCAUUCAGAUAUUGAGUAUAGAGAGUAUGUGUGGACGUUGUUACUGGGAGGUGGAGUGGAGCGGUGUUGGCUUUGGAGGUGUGUCCAUAUCAGUCUCAUAUAAAGACAUCAGCAGAAAAGGAUGGGGUGAUAAGUGUGUGUUUGGACGCAACGAUCAAUCCUGGAGUCUGUGGUGUUAUUCUUCUUCGCUCUGUUUUUAUCACAACAACAUUAAGACUGAUCUCGGUGUUCCAUCACCCUCAAGAAUAGGAGUGUAUGUGGAUCAGAGUGCAGGAACUCUGUCCUUCUACAGCGUCUCUGAUAUGAUGAAGCUCCUCUACAAAGUCCACACCACUUUCACCCAGCCUCUAUACGCUGGAUUUGGAUUUGGUGCUCUAUCAAAUGUGAGGUUAUGUGAUCCAAAAUAAUUUGCAUUCCACAUAUAAUGCAGAAACAUUUGACUGAAUAUUAUAAAAGAUCAGUGUCUUCUCACCAGUGACUUUUAGAUAGCUUAGAAUACAACAAGUCAAGUCAAGUUUAUUUCUAUAGCACUUUUCACAACAGACAUUGUCUCAAAGCAGCUUUACAGAAUUUUAAGAGUUAAGGUGAAUGGUGUGUAUUUAUCCCUGAUGAGCAAGCCCCC